AUGGCUCUCACUGUGGUUCGCUGGAGUCCCAAAGCUUUAGAAAUGGCUUUCAUGAUGUUUGUUCAGGUUUCCUCCUGUGUGAACUCUGGCUCAGACUCAAGCUGUGUCUCAAUACUUCAGAUGUAUUACCUCAUCGAUGAUGUCACCGUUUUCAGCAUGGACCUGGGCGAUGGCUCCAAGAUCCCGCAGGACCCCGAACGCCUCGCCAUGAAGAAGAGGAAGGAGUUCACACCUGGAACACAAAUACUGCAGGUAACACUCAACAGUACUCAGAACUCAUCAGAUUCAUCAGAUUCAUCAGAUUCAUCAGACUCUGACUCAUCAGACUCAUCAGAUUCAUCUGAUUCAUCAGAUUCUGACUCAUCAGAUUCUGACUCAUCUGACUCAUCUGACUCAUCAGACUCUGACUCAUCAGAUUCAUCAGACCCAUCAGAUUCAUCAGACUCUGACUCAUCAGACUCAUCAGAUUCAUCUGAUUCAUCUGAUUCUGACUCAUCAGACUCAUCAGACCCAUCAGAUUCAUCAGACUCUGACUCAUCAGACUCAUCAGAUUCAUCUGAUUCAUCUGAUUCUGACUCAUCAGAUUCUGACUCAUCUGACUCUGACUCAUCAGACUCAUCAGAUUCAUCAGAUUCAUCAGACUCUGACUCAUCAGACUCAUCAGAUUCAUCAGAUUCAUCAGAUUCUGACUCAUCAGACUCAUCAGAUUCAUCUGAUUCAUCUGAUUCUGACUCAUCAGACUCAUCAGACCCAUCAGAUUCAUCAGACUCUGACUCAUCAGACUCAUCAGAUUCAUCUGAUUCAUCUGAUUCUGACUCAUCAGAUUCUGACUCAUCUGACUCUGACUCAUCAGACUCAUCAGAUUCAUCAGAUUCAUCAGACUCUGACUCAUCAGACUCAUCAGAUUCAUCAGAUUCUGACUCAUCAGACUCAUCUGAUUCAUCUGAUUCAUCUGAUUCUGACUCAUCAGAUUCUGACUCAUCUGACUCAUCAGACUCUGACUCAUCAGAUUCAUCAGACCCAUCAGAUUCAUCAGACUCUGACUCAUCAGACCCAUCAGAUUCAUCUGAUUCUGACUCAUCAGAUUCUGACUCAUCUGACUCAUCAGACUCUGACUCAUCAGACUCAUCAGAUUCAUCAGAUUCAUCAGACUCUGACUCAUCAGACUCAUCAGAUUCAUCUGAUUCAUCUGAUUCUGACUCAUCAGACUCUGAUGAGUCAGAUGAGUCAGAAUCUGAUGAGUCAGAUUCAUCAGACCCAUCAGACUCUGACUCAUCUGACUCAUUAGACUCUGGUACCCGCUCCAACACACUUGCAGAUGUUCCACACCUGAACUUGUUUUUCCCGGGCGUGUCCAGAGGGAAACACCACAGUCUGUCCUCCUCUGUCAUGGCCGUCAGCUUGGGUCCGAGCAGCCCGGCGCCGCUCUGUCUGCGGACUGAAUGA